CUCUGAACUUGAGCUUUAAUAAAAUUGAACAAAAACCCUUGUAAAACCCCAAGCUUUCACUACAUUAAACCUUCCACAACCCUUAAACAGGAGAUCCUUUUGUACCCAUGCCAAAAUGGUCUCUUUAUCACUCGAAAACCCUCCUUUUCAACUCCAUCAUCAGGAGCUUCUCCUCAAUCAAAACCCCAAGUCAGUCCUUUCAUUGUUUCUUUUCAGUUCUUAGUUCAAUUCCAUCAAACAAAUGUGUGGACUCUGAACCUGAAAAUAUAUAUGAGUCUGAGAAACCAAUAUCUGAUCAUAUCUUUAAGUCUGGUCCAAGACUAGGUUCUUAUAAGCAAGGUGAUUCAACCUUUUAUUCACUCAUUGAAAACUAUGCGAAUUCUGGGGAUCUUAGGGCUUUAGAGAGGGUUUUGUAUCAAAUGAGAUGCGAAAAGAGAGUGGUUUUGGAGAAGAGUUUUAUUCUGAUGUUUAAGGCUUAUGGUAAAGCACAUUUGGUGGAUGAAGUUGUUGAUUUGUUUUAUAGAAUGGUUGAUGAAUUUCAGUGUAAAAGAACUGUUAGGUCGUUUAAUUCGGUUCUUAAUGUGAUAAUACAAGAGGGCUUUUAUUCUCGCGCUUUGGAGUUUUACAAUUGUGUUGUUAAUGAUAAAAGCAUGAAUAUUUUGCCUAAUGUCUUGAGUUUUAAUUUGGUUAUCAAGAAUAUGUGUAAAUUGGGAUUGGUUGAUAAAGCAAUUGAGGUGUUUACAGAGAUGCCGGUUAAGAAAUGUGUACCGGAUGUGUAUACUUAUUGUACAUUGAUGGAUGGGUUGUGCAAGGAAAACAGAACUGAUGAGGCUGUUUUGCUGUUGGAUGAGAUGCAAAUUGAGGGUUGCUUCCCUAGUCCUGUUACGUUCAAUGUUUUGAUUAAUGGGUUGUGCAAGAAGGGUGACUUGGCACGUGCAACCAAAAUUGUGGAUAACAUGCUUCUCAAAGGAUGUGCCCCCAAUGAGGUGACUUAUAAUACGCUUAUUCAUGGUUUGUGUCUUAAGGGGAAGUUGGAUAAGGCGGUUAGUCUUUUGGAUCAGAUGGUGUCAAAUAAAUGUGUGCCUAAUGUAGUUACAUAUGGAACGAUAAUUGAUGGGUUAGUGAAGCAAGGGAGAGCUGCUGAUGGUGUUCGUGUGUUGGUUUCUAUGGAGGAAAGACAGUUUCGUUUGAAUGAGUAUAUUUAUUCGAGUCUUAUUAGUGGAUUGUUUAAGGAGGGGAAGUCUGAGGACGCAAUGAACCUGUGGAAGGAAAUGAUCAAAAAAGGCUGUAAGCCAAAUAGUGUUGUUUACAGUGCUCUUAUAGAUGGAUUAUGCCGAGUGGGCAAACCAGAUGAAGCUGAGGAAGUUCUCUUUGAAAUGAUGAAUAAGGGUUGCAUUCCCAAUGCUUUCACUUAUAGCUCCUUGAUGAAAGGUUUCUUUGAGAGUGGUAAAAGUGAUAAGGCUAUUCAAAUUUGGAAAGAGAUGGCAAAGAAUAACUGUAUAUGCAAUGCGGUUUGUUAUAGUGUGCUUAUUAAUGGACUUUGUGGGGGUGGGAAACUCAGUGAGGCUAAGAUGGUGUGGGCACAAAUGCUGAGCAGAGGAUGUAAACCUGAUGCCGUGGCUUACAGUUCGAUGAUUCAUGGCCUAUGCAAUGCUGGCUCAUUAGAAGAAGCUUUGAAACUUUUCAAUGAGAUGCUUUUCCAGGAGCCGGAAUCUCAACCUGAUGUUGUCACUUAUAACAUCCUAUUUAAUGCUUUGUGCAAGCAAAGUAACAUCUCUUGUGCCAUUGAUCUUUUGAAUAGUAUGAUGGACCGGGGCUGUGACCCUGAUGUAUAUACAUGCAACAUCUUUUUGACAGCUUUGAAAGGGUUAGAUACACCUCAGGAUGGGAGAGAGUUUUUAGAUGAGCUUGUAGUCCGUCUCUUUAAGAGAAAAAGAACUUUAGGUGCUUACAAGAUUGUAGAAGUGAUGCUGCAAAAAUUUUUAUCUCCAAAAGCCUCAACUUGGGAAAAAAUUGUUCAAGACUUUUGCAAACCUAAAAAGAUUCAAGCAGCUAUUGACACAUGUUGGAGAAACUUGUACAGCUGAUUCUUUAGUGCAAUUUCCUUUUGAUUGUGGAGACUCUUGGUUGCAAACCAUAUGGAGGUUGUGAAUGGUACCAAACUGACAUACUCGAGUCUUCGAAACAGUAGGUUGG